AUGAUUCUGCCAGUGGUGUUCCUGUGUGUCGCAGCUGUGCUGUCUCCGUGCAGUGGAGAGGAACCUGAAGGUUUUGAUGAUCUGUCAACUAGCAAAGAAGAUCAGCAGGAGCUGAUUGUUGACAAACAUAAUACCCUCAGAAGAGAAGUAAAACCAACUGCCAGCAACAUGCUGAAGAUGGAAUGGUCUCCUCCAGCUGCAAACAAUGCUCAAAAAUGGGCCAGUCAAUGUACUUUGAGUCACAGUCCUGCCUACCGGAGGACAACCAAUGUACUAUGUGGUGAAAAUCUCUUCAUGUCUUCCGGUCCUUUCUCGUGGCCAAAUGUUAUUCAGGCCUGGUACAAUGAGGAGGAAAAUUUUGAAUACGGAACUGGAGCAAAAACACGAGGUGCUGUGAUUGGCCAUUACACUCAGGUUGUUUGGCACAAUUCUAAUCAAAUUGGAUGUGCUGUCUCUUUCUGUCCCAACAGUAUAUACAAGUACUUUUAUGUCUGCCACUACUGCCCUGCGGGGAAUAUACGAAGUUCAAUUCCGACACCAUACAAAAGAGGAGAACCCUGUGGUGAUUGCCCUGACGCUUGCGAGGAUGGAUUAUGCA